GUCGCCCCAAUGUGCGGCGUACAACACAACGUGUGUUCGCUGCCGCACACCGGUUUAUUUAUACACACAUGCACAACCGUCAGUCGUGGUGUUUGAUAGCGCCGGUUUGGUGGCAAUCGCGUGACAGUUUUUUCAAAGUAGCGCCUGCAAAUACUAGCAUUAUGAAUUGCUAGUCAAUAACCGUACACCAAGUGCAACAAAAACAUGACAGAUCUAAUUGUGACACUGGAACAAGGCAAAAUUAGGGGGAAACGGUCCACGGACUACAGAGAAGGCACCUAUACAAGUUACCUGGGCAUUCCUUACGCCAAGUCACCCGUAGGAGAUCUCAGAUUUAAGGCCCCCCAACCUCCAGAACCAUGGGAGGGAAUAAGGGACUGUUCAAAAGAAGGAAACGAAUGCCCUUCUCUGCACAUGUUUUUUGAAUACCAUGUGGGAAACGAAGAAGAUUGUUUAAACCUUAAUGUUCACUGUAAAAAUCUGUGUCCUGAUCGGAACACCCCUGUCAUGGUGUGGAUCCAUGGUGGGGCUUUUAUGUAUGGGUCAAACCGCAGCGAGAUGUUUGGGGUGGAUUAUUUUAUGACGCAAGAUAUAGUUUUGGUCGCCAUCAACUACAGGUUAGGAGUUUUUGGAUUUUUGAGCCUGGAUGAUCCUGACGCAAACGUACCUGGUAACAACGGUUUAAAGGACAUGGUGAUGGCACUAAAAUGGGUACAGAAAAAUAUCCGCCAGUUUGGUGGUGACCCAGAUAAUGUCACCAUUUUUGGUGAGAGUGCUGGGUCAGCGGCUGUGCAUUAUUUGGUCGUUUCCGAAAUGGCUAGAGGUCUUUUUCACAAGGCGAUAAUGCAAAGUGGGUGCACUCUAAACGAUUGGUCUAUAGGUAAAACCAAUGGCCACAUUAUUGCAGAACUACUGGGGUAUGAUGAAAAAGACGAUUGUAAAAUAUUGGAAAAACUUCGCAAAGAAUCAGCCAAAACAAUAGUUGCCUCCCAGUUUAAAUUCGAAGAUCUUAUGGUGGCCAAAACUGUCCGACCAUUUGGCCCAGUGGUCGAAAAAUGUUCCAGUGAGCCAGCAUUUCUAAAGAAAUCACCGCUCGAAAUUCUUAAGGAAGGCUCCUUUAAUAAAGUACCAAUGAUUAUGGGGUACAAUUCCGAGGAAGGGGUUUUCUAUGAGGCUAUUAGAAAAACGAAAAACGCCAAGCUGGAUAAUAACUUGGAAAAAGAAAUCCCGCACACAAUGAAUUUGGAGCUUGGUGAAGCCAAAUCCAAAAGUAUAGCAAAGAAGAUUAGGGACUUUUAUUUUAAAGGACAAGAUUUGAAGGAGGAAAACAUUGCCAAUUUGUAUACUCUCAAAAGCGACAAUAAUUUUGUCUACGGUGUAGUCAAAUCAAUCCAAUACCAAAGAAAAUCAUCCCCAGAACCAAUAUACGCGUACAGAAUGAGCUUGGAGAGCUCUCUGAACCUGUAUAAACGCAUUUGCUCGGCCAAACACGUAAAAACCCUAUUUUUAUUUUACAUUUUAAUCAAGAACAAUCUCUUUUACCUGCGAAACUUCUAUCAUUCCUGUACUCAUCUGAUAUCCAAUAGACCUUUGAGUGGUGUGUGCCACGCCGACGAUCUAGGGUACAUGUUCAAAAUGUUUUUCUCGCCGAAUAUAGUCGAAGGCAGCAAAGAAGAUAUGUAUAUCAGGAGGUUUAUAAAAUUAUGGACGAAUUUUGCCAGGUAUGGAAAUCCAACUCCGGAAUCGGAUUGUCUAUUUAACGCUGUAUCCUGGACGCCAGUAUCAUCAGAUGAUGUUAAUAUGUUGGAUAUAGGAGAGCAACUUAAUGUUAUUGAUAAUCCGGAUAUGGAUAGAGUCAAGUUUUGGGAUACUAUUGUAGAAUAGGAAUAAGCGUAAAGUUUGUUUGUGAUAUAGUUAGAUGUUUCAUAAAUUUUAAAUACAUCUUUUAUUUUUUUUAAUUGUUG